GACGUGUACCGGAUAUUGCAUCACCGGCGUGCGUGCUUGCGUACGCGGAAGCUGUCGUUUGUGUCUGGUAAUUUUGAGGAAUCUGUAGAGUGGACAGACAACGGGCCGGUGCGAAGCUGCCUUUUUACCAUCAGCGCCUGCAAGGAGGAGGUGGAGAGUAGGAGGGUCGACGGAGGAAGGCACGCUCUAGACAUGGUAGAAGCUAAAAAAGAGGGAAACAUGUUCGCGGACGGGAGGACGCAGACGCGCGCGCCGAGCGACGAUCUGGUGCGAUCCGUGUCUCUCCACAGCCGCAGGCCACGCGUCCUGCACGGCACGGUAUUCCCGUUCCUCCUCCUCUACCCGGGCUGUUUAUACGCGUGGUUGGGAGUUUACGGAGCCGCGGAGUACGCUGAGGCCGGCCUGCUCGCGCUCGCCGCUCUCGGGAUCGCGCACGUCCUGACAAUGCUCUCUGGCUACUGGUCCGUGCACGCGCACUGCUGGCUCACCUGCUCCAAGGAGUCUGAUCCAGCCAAAGCCACUUUUGCAAAAGUUAUACCAACACCCAACAAUGGUUCGGCUGAAUUGGUGCCUCUUCUGAGGGAUAAGGAUGAGGAUGGAGCGGAAAUCCUGUCCUUUAAGUUCCAGAAGAUAUGUUAUGUGUACGACAGCAAGGAGAAGAAAUGCUUUCUGCAGGUGGCAUUUCCCAUCAACUUUCCCAUGACUCAUUUCCAAAACUGGAAAGGCUAUCAGGAGGAGGACCAGUUACGGGCUGCGGAGAAGCGCUACGGCACCAACCGCGCAGAGAUGGUGGUGCCCGACUUCCUGGAGCUCUUCAAGGAGAGAGCCACAGCACCCUUCUUCGUCUUCCAGGUGUUUUGUGUGGGUCUGUGGUGUUUGGAUGAGUACUGGUACUACAGCGUCUUUACGCUCUUCAUGCUUGUGGCGUUUGAAGCAUCACUGGUGCAGCAGCAGAUGAGGAACAUGUCAGAAAUCCGCAGAAUGGGAAACAAACCUUACAUGAUCCAGGUCUAUCGGAACAGGAAAUGGAGGCCUGUAUCCAGUGAUGAACUAGUUCCUGGAGACAUUGUCUCAGUUGGACGUUCUCCUCAGGAUAACCUGGUUCCCUGUGACGUGCUGCUGCUGAGAGGCCGCUGCAUUGUGGAUGAGGCCAUGCUCACGGGAGAGUCUGUGCCUCAGAUGAAGGAGCCUGUAGAGGACCUGGACCCUGACAGGAUCCUGAACCUGCAGACAGACUCCCGUCUUCACGUCAUCUCAGGAGGCACCAAAGUGGUUCAGCACAGCCCGCCUCUCCGAGCCAGUGCAGGCCUGAAACCUGUUGACAAUGGCUGUGUGGCGUAUGUUUUGCGGACGGGGUUCUACACUUCUCAGGGCAAAUUAUUAAGAACAAUUCUGUUUGGCGUGAAGAGGGUAACGGCCAACAAUUUGGAGACAUUUAUCUUCAUCCUUUUCCUGUUGGUUUUUGCCAUUGCAGCAGCUGUAUAUGUUUGGGUCGAAGGGACGAAGGACCCGAACAGAAACAAGUAUAAGCUGUUUCUGGAGUGCACUCUGAUCCUCACGUCAGUAGUGCCUCCUGAAUUGCCCAUAGAGCUCUCACUGGCUGUUAACACCUCUCUCAUAGCCCUGGCCAAACUCUAUGUGUUUUGCACAGAACCUUUCAGAAUCCCCUUCGCUGGGAAAGUGGAGAUUUGCUGUUUCGACAAGACUGGCACCCUGACAAGCGACAGCCUGGUGGUUCGUGGCGUCGCAGGACUCAGAGAUGGGAAGCAAGUGACGCCAGUGUCAGAUAUUCCAGUGGACACUCAUCGGGUGGUGGCUACGUGUCAUUCGCUGGUCACACUGGAUGAUGGACAGCUGGUGGGCGAUCCGCUGGAGAAGGCCAUGUUGACCGCAGCAGACUGGAUGCUCACUAAAGAUGAGAAGGUGUUUCCUCGCAGUAUAAAGACUCCGGGGCUGAAGAUCCACCAGAGGUUUCAUUUCGCUAGUGCUCUGAAGAGGAUGUCAGUGCUGGCGUCAUAUGAGCGCAUGGGCUCCACUGAGCUCUGCUAUAUCUCCACCGUUAAAGGUGCACCAGAGACCCUGAAGGACAUGUUCUGUGAGUGUCCGGUCAGCUAUGACGAGGUGCACAGAGAAAUGUCACGGGAGGGAGCCAGAGUUCUCGCACUGGGAUACAAAGAGAUGGGCCACCUGAGCCAUCAGCAGGUGAGGGAGGUGAGCCGGGACAUGCUGGAGUGUGACCUGCGCUUCGCAGGGUUCAUGGUCGUGUCCUGUCCUCUCAAGACUGACAGCAAGGCAGUUAUCAGAGAGAUACAAGAGGCCUCACACCAUGUUGUAAUGAUCACAGGUGACAAUCCUCUAACAGCGUGUCAUGUGGCCAGAGAGCUGCAUUUCAUCCAGAAGGAGCACACACUUAUACUGCAGCAAAGCCCCAGUCAAGCUGAAUGGCAGUGGGUGUCCAUAGACGGCAGUGUGUGCCUCCCUCUCCCUACUUCCUCAGUCUCAGAUUUGGUCAGGCGGUACGACCUCUGUGUGACAGGAGAGGGACUGACCAGGAUGACCUAUGAACCCAGUUUACUCAGCGCUCUGCUUCCUCAUGUGCAAGUCUUUGCUCGUGUCAGCCCUAAACAAAAGGAGUUUGUCAUAACCAGUCUGAAGGGAUUGGGUUUCGUUACGCUGAUGUGUGGAGAUGGCACAAAUGAUGUUGGUGCACUCAAACAUGCCCACAUAGGUGUGGCGUUGUUAGCUAACGCCCCAGAGCACAUGCCUGAGAAAAAGAAGAGAAGCAAAGACAAAGAGUACUCCUCUGGAGAGCCCAGACCCCCAGUCCCGAGUUCUGGGGUCAAACUCGGCUCCCGUGCAGCCAGACAGAGGAUGAUGGCCCAGAGAGAGGAGCAGCUCGCUGCACAGAAGGAGAGGAUCAGUCAGGUGCUGCGAGAGCUAGAAGAGGAUCAGAUUCAGGUGGUUAAACUGGGCGACGCCUCCAUUGCUGCUCCAUUCACCUCUAAACUGUCCUCCAUACAGUGCAUCUGUCACGUGAUCAAACAGGGGCGCUGCACUCUGGUGACCACCCUGCAGAUGUUUAAGAUCCUGGCGCUGAACGCUCUGGUUCUGGCUUACAGUCAGUCUGUGCUUUACCUGGAGGGGGUCAAAUUCAGCGACUUCCAGGCGACUCUUCAGGGCCUGCUGCUGGCCGGCUGCUUUCUCUUCAUCUCAAGGUCAAAGCCGUUGAAGACUCUGUCCAAAGAGCGGCCUUUACCGAACAUCUUCAACCUGUACACUGUCCUCACAGUGCUGCUGCAGUUUGCAGUCCACUUCUGCAGUCUGGUGUACCUGUACAGGGGGGCACAGAGCAGAAGCCCACCCAGGACAGAGCAGUUUGUGGACCUGUCCAAAGAGUUUGAGCCCAGUCUUAUUAACAGUACUGUAUACAUCAUGUCCAUGGCCAUGCAGAUGGCCACAUUUGCCAUUAAUUAUAAGGGCCAUCCUUUCAUGGAGUCUCUCACUGAGAAUCGGCCCUUGCUGUGGAGCAUCGGUAUAUCAGGGCUCGCCAUAGUAGGGCUGCUGACGGGAUCUUCACCUGAAUUCAAUGAGCAGUUUGCCUUAGUGGAUAUUCCAACUGAGUUUAAGUUAAUAAUAGCCCAGGUCCUCGUUUUGGACUUUGUCGCCGCCCUGCUGGUGGACAGAGUUUUGCAGUUCCUGCUGGGCAGAGGAACCCUGAGGUUGCCUAAAUGAACUGUUAUUGCCGACAGUCACCAAAGCAGCUGCUGCCCCUCGUGACCAGACUGUGAACGGGCUUUACAGGAACACGGUACUGUGUGGCAGACUCUGCGGGAUGCGAAAGGACGGCCGUCAAACUCAAUACUGUACACACCCCAGUGUUUCCUUCUCCUCCCUGUCUCUGUCUUUGCUCGGUCUUAAUACUUUAGCUUCAUUCUCUUUCUACUGACAUCUGUAACCACCCCUCUGCUCUGAAGGCCAAGGAGACUACAGUAUUGUGUUGAGGGUGAGAGUGUGUUGUUGAGGCGCACGGCUGUGACAGGGGCGUUCUGAAGAAGUGUUUCUUUUGUUGUUUUGUUUUGAUUUGUUUUCAUCAUUUUGUAAAAAGACAAAUCUCAGAAAGAAUUAUAAAUGACCAAAAAAAGUU